AUGGGUAGGGGUUGAACCUUUCUAUCAUCUGCUUUUUGCUUCAGCUCCGAUUAGAACCAACUUGCUAAUUCAUAUAAAGCAUCUGCACUCAAUAUCAUCCGUUCUUCAAACGAUGGGCCCUUCGACUUGAGCGCCCUUCCCAAGCAUGUAAUCACGUAUACGCAAUCAGUACGAAAACCUUCCGAUAGCGGUCACUUUUCAUACACAAAGGCUAGAAGCGGCGAUUGGACAACUAUCGAUUGGAGCUACGUCAAAAUCUCCGAACGAAAGGGGGCGACAAUUGAUAUCAGUAGUCUAAAACUGGUAGCCAAUGAUCGUUAUGAAAUCGCCUAUUUUUCCGGAAAUUCUGACCGACCCAAGGAGAAAGCUGAGUUCACUGCCCCACGAGACAUUGAUCCAUCUGGAUCGUCUACAGUUGUACACUCUUCAACUUUGAGCCGCACUGGUCAUUCAAGCUCAACCUCAACGCACAAAACGAUCAGGAAGUCAGGAUCUAUGACCCAUACUCAUACCUGGGAUUCAAGCUUGACUUCUAUUCAGACACCAAUCACUCAAUCAAGCUCGUCCACGAUCUCGGGAUUGGACGUAUCUCUGACAACAUCCUUGAGCACUACGCAAGCUACCAGUUCAAUAUCACCUCCAGCAGUCACAAGUCCCAGUCGAACUUCAGGGGCAGCUGAGAGACCAGCAAUGAGUUUUGGCUUGCUUCUGGUGUUGCUUGUUGUCUUUCGAUUUAUCUAG